AUGGAUUAUAAACUUAAUGAAUUCAAAGCUCUAAUCUUUGAAUUCAUGGGAAAUGGGAGCUUGCAAAAGUGGUUGCAUCCUAACACAGAUGGUACAAAACAAUCAAGGAAUUUAAACCUGCUUCAGAGAUUAAAUGUUGCAGUUGAUGUCGCAUCCGCCUUGCAAUAUCUUCAUGAGCAAUGUAAAAAUCCAGUUAUUCAUUGUGGCCUGAAACCCAACAAUGUUCUUUUGGAUGACGACAUGGUUGCUCAUGUAUCUGAUUUUGGUCUAGCAAGACUCAUUUCAACAGCCAAUGAUUCAUCUCAAAGCAUGUCUAGCGUGUCUACCACAACUAGAAUGAAAGGAACAAUUGGUUAUGCUCCUCCAGAGUAUGGAAUGGGUUGUCCAGCAUCGAAAGAGGGGGAUGCAUAUAGCUUUGGGAUCCUUGUAUUAGAGAUGUUCUCGGGAAGAUCACCAAUUGAUGAAAUAUUCAAAGAUGGCUUAAAUCUUCACAGCUUUGUGAAGGCAGCAUUGCCAGAAAGCCUUGUGCAGAUCAUGGACCCCAACCUCCUCACAGAAGAAAUAGAAGAAACAAACGCUGCAAGAGCGGCAACAGAAGAAGAAAAAGAAGUGUCUAACAUUAAUGGAAACCUAAGCAAGAUGAGUGCGAAAGCACGAAGUUGUGUAGUUUCAGUACUUGAAAUUGGCAUUGGCUGUUCAGCAGAAUCACCCAAAGAACGAAUGAGUAUGGAGGAUGUCAGCAGACAACUAAAUUUGGUCAGAAAGACUUAUCUUGGUAUCUCAAUCCACAAAGGUAGAACAGGUGAACAAUUUUUUCCUUGUUAUCUAAAUCCAUGA